GCUAUCUUUGAGUGCCAGCACCGAGUUUCAGUUGAAUGGGAUUGUGCUGUGCCGCACAACCUUCCAAUAAAUCUAUCGACAAGUCCCUCACAGAAUCCAAGAUGUUCUUGGUAAUAUGGCGAAUCGUCGCCAAUGCUCAUGCUGAGACUUGCAAACGACGCCGCCCAUGACGCCGCUUUCUCCGCUUCAUUCACAAGAAUAACAUAACGGUGGAUUCUUCUACUGCAAAUGGCCGUCGCAACGUUAGAUCCGACCUUCAGUCCCGCUGCAUCUUGCCUGGCGGCGAACAAUCUGUGGAAAAUAUUCGCGGACUGUCCGAUCAACAAUGGCGUUUGUUGGUAUUUCUUACAGGGUCAGCCCACUACCUCAUCCUGCUAUCCGCCCGGUUACAAUCCUACCUCCACAGCAUACUAUUCACCUGCGUCCUGUCCCUCUGGGUAUACCUCAGCUUGUGGUGCAACUCAAACAGCCGGGACUGUCACAGAGACUGCGUACACUUGCUGCCCAACUAUCGGAAUCUACACUUGCCAGAAAGACCCAAAGGAUUACCAUCCAUGGGGUUUCACGCUAGGCUGUUAUUCUAACUUUGCCUCGCCAGUCACGCAUUUCGUAACUGCGUCGUCAUCCGACAGCAGCUCAAUGGAAACUGUGAUCAUGAACGCGACAGAUGCUAUCAAUGCAUAUGCAAUUCAAGUGCGAUUUCAAUCUACCGACUUUCCAAAAUCAACCGGAUCAAUUAUCAACACUAGUUCUAGUUCAACUUCUAAUUUGAGCCAACCUUCGCUGCGUGUUGAGACGAAUUCAAACUCCGGCCUCAGACCUGGAGCCAUAGCUGGAAUUGCCAUUGGAGCUGUCAUAGGUGCUCUGCUCGUCAUGCUGUUAGCGUUGCUGAUUAUUCGUCAUCGUAAUCGUCGGAGACACAGACCGACCGAAAGAGACGGCAGCGCAGGGCAAAAUAUCUCGAAUAUGCAGCCGCCUAAUUUUAUCCCCGGACUCAAGGCGGAACUUGACAACACAUAUGUGCCCGCACAGACCCGGCCGGCGGAAUUGGAGGGAUGAAAGGACUGGAUAUUGGUUGGCUACUGGCAAUCUUCAGCACGUAGUCUCAGAGUCGAGAUGAACGGGUUCCUCAUUCCUCAGUCUGGCAUUCAGAAGCUAAAGAAGAUGAAGAAGUCGAAGUACACGGUGCGUUCGAAGUUAAUAUUAUUAUCAUCAUCAUUAAAAUAGCCCUGUGGUGCAUAAAGGCAACCUUUCUGCCCCAAAUAAUCACGAGCAUAGCUAGCACGUGAUCUCUGCCUUGCUACAUGUAGAGGCAUAACUAGUUAGAGUAUCUCAACCCCGUAGGAUUAUUAAUAAAGUACUCUUAAUCAUGGGGAGGAAACAGGGAAAUGGC